GGCGUGGUAGCGACGAAAACGCAGUUUAUUAUAGUGGUUCUGGCGAUCGCGAUUCUGCUAGAAGAGACCACAAAUUUCAACAAGGGCGGAUAAGGAGGGUAGACGGUCGUGCUGACGGUUCUGAGAAGGGAAUCGGAAUUGACCUGAGCCGGAGGUUAACCUUCGACGAUAUUCAAGACGAUGAAAAUCAGAGUCAUCUGCUACCCGCUGAGCUUGUGCGGAACGAUGUAGAUGGCUAUGGUCGGUCGUCGAGAGGACCUAGUCGUUCUAAUAGUAAGGUGAGAGUAGGGCAAGAGCUCGCACAGGUACCUGAAGUCGAUGUACUACCCGCUUCGUCACCCUCCGGGAGCGAGCGCAAUGCAAGCUCGCACUGUAGUGGACCAAUUCUAAGGGACCGAUUAGAGGCGAUUGGGGGAGAAAGACCAGCAAAUACCGUUGCCGACCCAGUCCCAGAACAACACACGGUAAGAGCUGCGCAUGUGCUGUGCUCGCCGCGAAAGAAUCCGUACAUGCGCCCAUCCCCUCUACUUCUUCGUUCUACACGCAGGCAUUCGCAGAGCGCACCGGAGUUGCCGACCUAUAGUUCGGAUUUUUUAGAUGGAGAUACCACGCUGCGAUUGGAUGGGAGCGCGCCACCAAGUCCAUCGGCGCUGCUGCCUCCAAUCGAAGAAACUAGUCAGGAGAACCUUCAGCUCUCGCAUCAAUUGUGUGGCCAACGAGGAAUUACAGGCGCAGCAAGCAGCGGGGCGCUCGUAUUAACCGGCCUCGCUGAUGGAUCAUUAUCACCGAGCGGCAGUGGCCUCCAUCUCACGAGCCCUAUUCAACAUCAAGCAAGUCCACCUACGUCCGGCUCUGGGGAUGAUGUAAUUGAAGUCCGUUCUUCUCCAUUAGCGGCCUUUGGGAACACUGCUGGAUCAAGUCCAAGUGGAGGAAGUGCUGUUGCUGCAUGGGACAUGAGUGGUGUUAGUAGUACCAAUCCUCCUAUACCUACUGCAAUUGGAAUCACAAUCACUACUGCUGCAGACGUUGAUGGAAAAGCGAGUCCACGCAGAGCGUUUGAGCACAGUUCUGGUAGCGGCGGCUCCUCUGGCUCUUCAUCUCUUAUGGUCACGUCUGACAUGAUGUCUCCGCAUGCGUCGACGAAGCUGAAUCUUAUUAAAAAGGCUUAAUAGAGAUCAUUUCUACCAUGCUUUUCUUGCAGUUGCAGUUUCCUUCUUAGGAUUCCGAAGAAAUGAAGGGAAUUCGAUGAAAUGUUUUGGGCUCUAAUCUUACAAUGACCACGACAGGCGGAAACGGAAUCAGCAGACAAGUAGAUGCUGCUGGUGCAGCGUCAUCCCCUUCAUGUUGUACAUCGAGCGAUCACUGUUCACGACCUGACGACGGAAGUAAGGCCACCAGCACAGGAGGUCUAGGGAGUACCAAUCGCACACUAGUAGAAGCAGAAAGGACUCGCCCAAUUCGCGCUAACUCAGAACCAAUGCUGGAAGUAUGUCGUACUCAUGAAGUAGCACCAAAGCAUGAGCAUCCGUGCUCACUGGUUCGCCAAACAUCGUCGUCAAUGAAAGCGAAUCGGGGUGGGCCAGUCGCGAUGGCCUCGCGCAGCGAUUUUUUUGAGCGUUCUGACUUUCUUGGUAGUCACUUGGACGAAAAUGAUAUCGUCGAGUGCCACGGGUGCACUAGGACAACACCAAGUGUUGCAACGACUUCCAAUAGUGCUGCGGUCUAUCUAGAAUUAAGGCUUACCCUAAGUAAUCCAUCUCCUGAAGCAUCUUCGACCUGUCCCAUAAGGGGAAAAUAGGUCUAAGUCUAAGAUGAAUCUUGCGAUGGAUUAGGGUGAGCUCUAAUAGAGGCGGACCGUGGGGUCGAUCCAGAAAUUAUGUGGAGACCUAUAUGGAUGCCGUUCAACGACAAAAUGGCCUACAACGUUUUGCAGCACAAUUGCAACCACUUUUCCGAAUCGAUGCUGGUAACUCUACUCCUCCUAGAGAGUAUCUCUCGUCUUGACCGCGCCUCUGCGGUUACUACUGCUCGUGGUCCUGAGGCUAGCGAAGAUGCUAAUGUAAAAAUGACAGAAGUGUUGACAGAGACACCAGAACGAACGAGCGACGUUGAGAACUUCCUAGACGUCGAGGAGCAGGAGGUCCGAAACUUGCUGUACCGAACGUUGUUGGUUCAGAUGAUAUUCAGCAAUUUUUCGCCUGAUCAAGUGACGUUUCGACUGGCUCGGCAUUUACGAGGUGCAUUGCCGUUUUUAGAUUCCAAGGUCAGUCCAGUAGUUCCGGAAAUGGCACUGCGCAACCCGCGUAAUUGUGGUCUAUACUUCGUUCGCACUCUUUUGAAAGACCUGUUUCGCCGUUUACGAAAUAGUGUACGCUCAUUUCAACACAGGGUCGUGGAAGAGGAGCAAAUAAGGAGGAACAACGCUAGUAGUUCUUCAUCUACUCGACAUUUUGGUGAUAGUAACGAAUACGAAACUUCUUCUUGUGGUCCAGCACUUUCUCGUGGGGACUGCGAAAAUACUUCAACUUCUAGCGGUUUGUCAUCGAACAUGGAUGAAGGCCUACGCAGACGACGUCAAGAUCAAGCAGUAGCUGUACGUGAGCAAAACGAGGUUGCAGAAGAAGCACAACGACCACCUUGUGGACCAAGAACUGCGUCUAGUACAGGUUGGGUAGGAGGUAAACCCAUAACCACUUUUCCUGUAACUACAAGCUUCUAUCUAGAAAAAGCAAGUACUAGUACUUGUUCUGCGUCUCCCGUAAAGGUUAAGGGAAGGUUUUGGAUGUUUCUGUUACCGUUUGUUUUGACUCUCCUAAGGGAGAAGAGCAGAAGAAACGGGAAACAGAAACACCAGCGACCUACCUCUAAAAAGGGACAACAACCGAGCAGUAUGCUAAAGAGUGGUGAUGUUCAUCAGCAGGAUCUCUUGGACCUGGUAAACGAAGUUGCAGAGAAACUCUUGGGAAGUGUUGCGAGUUUUAUCUAA